AUGUCACCAGUUCCAGGAGAACCUCAUGAAGCGCCAAAACCCCAGCCAAUCGGCAACAUGCCCUUAAUUUUCCUCGUUACAACUUGCACCCUAUGCGGUCUGUUUCUCAUCUGGAGACGGGCGGACGGACUGCGGAGAGUGGUAUCUCAUCAACUCAAAUCCUUCACGAGAAGCGAGGGCCGUAUUCGACUAAGUGUAGAUGACGGUCCUCCAGCGAACGAAUUCCUAUCAGAUGAUUAUGACGAAGACAAUGAGCACCUGCGCGACUCAGCUGACGACCCUCUAUCAGAACAUGUCCGGAGAGCAACGCAAGCCUGGAGGACGCCCAAUGUUCCCUUGUUCGAUGGAGGAGAGUCUGCUGACGGGGAUAAUGGAGCUGCAAAGACGCAACCUACGCCUCCUGCCCCUUCAUGA